AAAGCUCGUGCUGGAGCCUCCAACAAGCGCACCUCACUCAAGACUCCAACUCCUGCAGGCGCGAGGACACCUGAGUUGGAGAGGACGAGUGCUGACUUUUAGCAUGAAGUAACCGAUUUGCUCGGAAACAUUUUAGGAAUUUUACUGUCUUUUCGAGAUGAAAGCGGUGUUUGUUUUUACUGUGGUUGCGUCGUUGUUUACAGGAAAUGUUGCUCUUCCAGUCGGAAAAGAACGUCAGAGAGAAGAUGUGAUUACAAGAUGUUUAGUUGAAGUCCUUUCCAAAGCUCUUUCCAAACCCGACUCUCUGCCUCUAGAUCAAGAAUGCAAAGAUAUUCUGAAAGCAGGCUCCAAACACGCUCCUCUGGAGAAAAAGAGGAAUGAUGUGGACCUGACUCACGAAGAAGAAGAGCCUUUGGCCCAGGAAGCAGAUGGGAAAGAUAUUGAAGCACUCCUGAAAUCUGUGGAUGAAAAACGAGAGACACCGGAUGAGUCUCGCAGCCAGGAGUCCUGGGGUCUGGAUGAGGACAAGGAGAAGAGAUCAGGGAAGGAGGAAGAAGAAGAGAUUGAAAAGCGAUCAUGGAGACCUAGAUACCAGAAAAAACACAAACGCAGUGAUGAUGAAGAACCGGAUGAGUCUCGCAGCCAGGAGUCCUGGGGUUUGGAAGACGAGAGGAGAUCAGUGCAGGAGGAAGAUGGAGAGGUAGAAAAGCGAUCAUGGAGAGCUGGAAGGAUCCACCAGAAGAAGCACAGACGCAGUGACGAUGCCGCUGAAGAAGAACCAGAUGAGUCCCGCAGCCAGGAGUCCUGGGGCCUGGAUGAGGCCAAGGAGAAGAGAUCAGAGCAGGAGGAAGAUGGAGAGGUAGAAAAGCGAUCGUGGAGAGCUGGAAGGAUCCACCAGAAGAAGCACAGACGCAGUGACGAUGCCGCUGAGGAAGACUCGGAGGAGAUUGAGGACAGAGAGAAGAGGAUCUGGAAGCCAACCCACCGCUACCACCACAAGAAACACUAUAAGAGGGAUGAGGAGGGUUCAGAGGAAGUGAGGGAAGAACCGGAUGAGUCCCGCAGCCAAGAGUCCUGGGGCCUGGAUGAGGACAAGGAGAAGAGAUCAGAGAAGGAGGAAGAAGAGAUUGAAAAGCGAUCAUGGAGACCCAGAUACCAGAAGAAGCACAAACGCUCUGAGGAAGACUCGGAGGAGAGAUCAGAGAAGGAGGAAGAAGAGAUUGAAAAGCGAUCAUGGAGACCCAGAUACCAGAAGAAGCACAAACGCUCUGAGGAAGACUCGGAGGAGAGAUCAGAGAAGGAGGAAGAAGAGAUUGAAAAGCGAUCAUGGAGACCCAGAUACCAGAAGAAGCACAAACGCUCUGAGGAAGACUCGGAGGAGAGAUCAGAGAAGGAGGAAGAAGAGAUUGAAAAGCGAUCAUGGAGACCUAGAUACCAGAAGAAGCACAAACGCUCUGAGGAAGACUCGGAGGAGAAAUCAGAGAAGGAGGAAGAAGAAGAGAUUGAAAAGCGAUCAUGGAGACCUAGAUACCAGAAGAAGCACAAACGCUCUGAGGUAGACUCGGAGGACAAUGAAGAUAGAGAGAAGAGAAUCUGGAAGCCAACCCAUAGCUACCACCACAAGAAACACCAUAAGAGGGAUGAGGAGGGUUCAGAGGAAGUGAGGGAAGAACCGGAUGAGUCCCGCAGCCAGGAGUCCUGGGGUUUGGAAGACGAGAAGAGAUCAGUGCAGGAGGAAGAUGGAGAGGUAGAAAAGCGAUCAUGGAGAGCUGGAAGGAUCCACCAGAAGAAGCACAGACGCAGCGACGACCCCACAGAGGAAGACUCGGAGAACGAGAGAGAGAGGGACCGACAGGAGGCUAUCAGGUACCUAGCAGAGAAGAGAAGUGAGAUGGAGAGGAACCUGCUGGCAGAAGGGGAGGUAAUAAAGCGCUCUCCCUGGGCCUAUCGGGGUUAUUACCAUCCUGCUUGGUGGAAAAGGACCACAGAGACACACACCGCACCCUCACACAAGGAGGAGGAGCAGGACAACCUGGCAGCCAUGGAUGCGGAGCUGCAGCAGAUCGCAGAGAAGAUGCACAACAACAGAGACGGCUGAACCAGAGAGGGUGGAGGUGAUGAAGAGCAGCUGAUGUGAGCUACAGCUGAUGUGACCAGCUCUGUGUGCUUGUAUUAUCUUGUUUAUGUAAAAGACACAAAAAAAUACUAAAAAAAGAGCCUUGCAGAAGAUUAGUGGUUACAUUUGUACCUGUGAUAUUUAACAAUUAUCAGCAUGAGGGGGAUAUUGACAUUUAAAUAUGAGAUGUGAAGAAUACAUGAACGCAUUUCUGAGCUGAGUUCUAUAUAUUCGAUGCUAGGCAAGAUGCGUUCCAAGCUUUGAAUGAUUGUCUGUGUUUUUCUUGACUGUGUUUCAGUUUGCAUUCAAAUAAAAUGACCUGUUAUGGGACCAAAACCUA